GUUUGUGGCAGAAAAUGGUGUGGUCUUGGUUUCAGUGUUUCGUUUGUUAGUUUUUCUCCAUUUUUUUCCGUAAAGAUCCAAAUUGGUUUCCAUUAGAUUGUAAUGUCUCCUGAAAGGCCCGGAUCAGCUGAAGACGAUUCGUACCCUCCGCCGCCACGUAUGUCCGUUCCCGGCAGCCCCAUAGCGCUCACGCCCAUGAGCCAUGCGCAGUCGCCCAUCUCCAUACUGCUGGCUGUGGCUCAGAGCCAGAAAGGACCCGACGACGACUUGACCAGUUUAUCUUGGUUACACGAAGGAGAUGUACUAAAAGAUAUGAACAUCAACACGUCGCCAAUUAGUAGUUCGAACUCUACGCCUAUCAAAAACAGUGUCUUAUUUCUUCCUGAUCAGUCACCGACCAGUGAUUACGUCGACGAUUCUUCCAUAUCAACUCCCGAAUCUUCCACUUACAGUGCGGUGAAUUCUCCCACGCCCAGAAGCAACGGCAACGGCAAUGGCAACGGAAGUCAGGUCACUAAUAGCCGUUAUUCCCAUAAUGUUCGUUACACCAACAAACCUUACGAUCCGUUAAUUCACGUGAGCAGUAAACCUCCUUAUUCUUUUUCCUGUCUAAUUUUUAUGGCCAUCGAGGAUUCCAAACAGAAGGCCUUACCCGUUAAGGAGAUCUAUGCCUGGAUAUUGGACCACUUUCCGUACUUCAAAAACGCACCCACGGGAUGGAAGAACAGCGUCAGGCAUAAUUUGUCUCUGAAUAAAUGCUUCCAGAAAGUUGAGAAGGCACCAAAUUUGGGCAAAGGAUCGCUGUGGACGGUAGAUCCCCAGUACAAACCCAAUUUAAUCCAGGCCUUGAAUCGGUCGCCUUUUCAUCCUUGUUCGACAAUCGACUCGUUAACGUACCUGUGUUCCACGUCAGCCAAACCUCAGAGCAACGACAAAACCCCGGUGGUUUACAGGAACCCAAACUUACCCAAUCCCGAACUGUUUCCGUUCCUGAGCAAGAAGUUGGCAGCUACGGAGAUGGACAGCAACAACGCAUCUAGAGUUAAAACCGAGCAGGAAGAGUCUUUGGACGCUGUUGAUGCUGCAACGGUGAUGUUGAGUUUAAAAAAUGCGACCAGAAUAAAUGGCAAACAGGAAUUUCAGGUUAUUACCACGUCUCCUAGUCAAGAUCACACAUAUAGUGCAGCUGACAGCGGAGACAACGAAGAUGAGGCCUUCGAAAGCGACGAAGAUAAGAGUCGCAAGAGCCUAGUCUGUCGCAAAAUUGACUUCGACGAUGACGAAGCAAGAAAAAUUAAGGAAGGAGCUGAAACUCUUCUUAAUUUAGCAGGGAUUUCUACCAAUAAGAGGUCGGCACCGGACCUGCUGGACUUCGAGCCUCAUUUCAAAACGAGUAGGGUCGAAAAUGGUUUGGACGAGGAAAAGCACGUUCCUUUCAAGCCCAGAUUGCUGAGGGCGAAGCGAAAGGAGAACGCUUCCCCUAAAAUGAUAUGCAACAACAAUCAACGGGAGUGGCUUAAGCACAGACGCGCGCUCGACAUCAACCAGUUGAGGUAAUAAAGGGGAUUAGUUUUACUUUAUAGAACAUGUGUACAUUUUAAUAGAGCCGUUUCCUUAUAAAAACAUUUUAGUUUUGAUCGAUUUUAAGCGCGAUAUCGAGUUUUUAUUAGUAUGUAUAGGGCAUUGGGCCGACUGAGUUGUAAAAAUUGACACGCUUGACAUUUCUGUCUUUAUAAGAAAAUUAAGGAAUGUGUUAAUAAAUAAAAUUAGCGAGACCGCGAAGGUACUUUAAUAUGGCUGACUUAAAUUUACCAUAAUUAAAUAUAUUUAUUUAUAAAUCAAAAACGGUAAUAACUGAAAAGCUGGAUUUAUAAACUCGGCAGUUGAAGUUCAGUUGAGGUUCAAAAUGAUGUUGAGGUUAUGAAAUGAAUCCGCGCAUUUAUAAAGUCAGUUGGUCAAAAAGUUGACAGUUCGUUUCACGUUCAAGGGAGUUCAGAGAACUCACUGACGGCCAGGUCGCAACGACCUGGCCGUCGGCUGGUCGGAUAUAUUGCGUACAUGUGCGGCCAGAUGAACGACCAGUUUCGGCAGGGCUGUCAGAUCUAAGGAUUUUUUACGUUUUACCAAUUAUUAGAAAAUAUUGUUUUCAGAAAUGUUAAAAUAUCCGAGUUAACUAAAAAGCGAAUUUCCUGUUCAUGAGCUUAUUAAAUGUUCUAAUAUUAAAUAAAGUAAUGUUUCUUCAAAGCCACACCGAGCGAAAAUCACAAAAGAACUACGAUAUGUGGACACAAAACUGAAUAGAAUAUUUUUGAAGCAAUUUGGCCCGUCUGGCCGUCACAGUGUGUUGCAUCAGAUAUAAAAAUAAUAAACACAUUAUAUCAAUAAAGGGCAAAAAUAGUAUUGUUCCUAAGAAUUGAAAACAAAUGAUUUAUUUAUGACUUAUUUAUAUACGUAAAAAACAUAUUUAAUUUUUUAACUCUAUUUCUUGGUAUUUGUGUUAGUACAGGAUAUUGAAUUAGUCCUAGUAAAAAUAUUGUCUAAUGGGCCCUGUUUGAAAAACAUUAAAUUAAAUAUAAUAUAUAAAAUACAGUUGUCCCCCUUGUACAUGAC